AUGGCUCCACUUGCAGGCAAACAACGGACGGGCCUGAAGAUGAACAAUGACCCCGGGGAGCCAGAGAAAACUGCUGGUCGGCCCUGGACUAGUUGGCCAUCCCCAACCAUCUCUGCAGGCCCCCCCAACCUGGACCUGGAGAGCUGUAACCUGGAGCUGCAAAGCAAUGGCUGCGAUCACCGCACGGCCGACCUCUGCCAGGGCAAGCUGGUGGUGCGGCGGGGCCAGCCCUUCCGGCUGACGCUGCGCUUCGUGAACCGAGGCUACGAGGCCAGCGUGGACAAUCUCACCUUCAGUGUGAUGACAGGCCCAGACCCCAGCGAGGAGUUCGGGACGAAGGUCUGCUUCCAGCUGUCUGACGCCGUGGAGGAGGGCACCUGGGGCGCCUCGGUGGUGGACCAGCAGGACACCGUCCUCUCGCUGCAGCUCAGCACCCCAGCCCAUGCCCCCAUUGGCCUGUUCUGCCUCGACCUCGAGACCUCCACCGGGGACCAGUCCUCCAGCUUCACUCUGGGCCACUUCGUCCUGCUCUUCAACACCUGGUGUCCAGCGGAUGACGUGUACCUGGACUCGGAACAGGAGCGGCAGGAGUAUGUCCUCGCUCAGCAGGGCUUCAUCUACCAGGGCUCGGCCAAGUUCAUCAAGAGUGUGCCCUGGAACUUUGGGCAGUUUGAGGAGGGGAUCCUGGACACCUGCCUACAACUCCUCAAUGUCAACCCCAAGUUCCUGAGAAAUGCCAACCGAGACUGCUCCCGCCGCAGCAGCCCCAUCUACGUGGGCCGGGUGGUGAGCGCCAUGGUCAACUGCAACGAUGACCAGGGCGUGUUGCUGGGUCGCUGGGACAACAAGUACGAGGACGGCAUCAGCCCCAUGUUCUGGAUCGGCAGUGUGGACAUCCUGCGGCGCUGGAAGAGCGAGAGCUGCCAGCGCGUCAAGUACGGCCAGUGCUGGGUCUUCGCCGCCGUGGCCUGCACGGUGCUUCGGUGCCUUGGCAUCCCCACCCGGGUGGUGACCAACUAUAACUCAGCCCAUGACCAGAACAGCAAUCUACUCAUCGAGUACUUCCACAACAAAUUCGGGGAGAUCCAGGAGGGCAAGAAUGAGAUGAUCUGGAACUUCCACUGCUGGGUGGAGUCAUGGAUGACCAGGCCUGACCUGCAGCCGGGCUAUGAGGGGUGGCAGGCCCUCGACCCCACACCCCAGGAGAAGAGUGAGGGGACCUACUGCUGUGGCCCAGUUCCAGUUCGCGCCAUCAAGGAAGGUGACCUGAGUACCAAGUACGACGCCCCUUUUGUCUUUGCCGAGGUCAAUGCCGACGUGGUGAACUGGAUCCAGCAGGACGAUGGGACCAUGCACAAGUCAGUCAACCACUCCCUGGUCGUGGGGCUGAAGAUCAGCACAAAGCGAGUGGGCUCUGAUGAGCGGGAGGACAUCACUCACACCUACAAGUACCCAGAGGGGUCGGCAGAGGAGAGGGAAGCGUUCUUGAAGGCCAACCACCUGAACAAGCUGGAGAAGAAGGAGGAGACAGACAUGGCCAUGCGGAUCCGUGUGGGCCCGGGCAUGAACUUGGGCAACGACUUUGAUGUCUUCGCCCACAUCACCAACAACACCUCCACAGACCAAACCUGCCACCUGCUGCUCUGUGCCCGAACCGUCAGCUACAAUGGGGUCCUGGGGCCUGAGUGCGGCACCGCAGAGCAGGCUGAGGUCACCCUGGAGCCCUUCUCCGAGAAGAGCGUCCCCCUUCGCAUCCUCUACGAGAAGUACUGCGACUACCUGACUGAGUCCAACCUCAUCAAGGUGCGGGGCCUCCUUAUCCAGCCCGCCCUCAACAGCUACCUGCUGGCUGAAAGAGACAUCUACCUGGAGAAUCCAGAAAUCAAGAUCCGGGUCCUCGGUGAGCCCAAGCAGAGGCGCAAGUUGGUGGCCCAGGUAUCCCUGAAGAACCCGCUCACGGUGCCCCUGUCAGGCUGCUGCUUCACCGUGGAAGGGGCUGGGCUGAUCCAGGAGCAGAAGACCGUGAAGAUCCCGGACCCUGUGGAGGCUGGGGAAGAAGUCAAGGUUCGAGUGGACCUGAUGCCACUCCACGUGGGCCUUCACAAGCUGGUGGUGGACUUUGAGAGUGACAAGCUCAAGGCGGUGAAGGGCUACCGGAACGUCAUCAUUGGCCCCGCUUAAGGGCCUCCUGAGCUAACCCCCUUCAGCCUGCUGAAAGCCCCCCACUAGACCCCAAGCUUGAUCCCAAGCUCUGAGCAAAUUCUACCCCCUCUUGAGCCCCAGACCCCACGUGCCCACGGUGCAGGGCCCUCUGGAGUGAGCCAUACUGGGAGGGAAGGGGCCACAGCCUCCAGGGAGGGUGCUGGGGAAAGCCCUGCUGACACAGCCAGCACUUUACAGCUUCGCACAGCGCCGGGGCCAACAAAGUGAGCCUGCGUGCAGAUGUUCUGUAUAAAUAGCGAUCUGCUUCUCUACGGUUGGGUACACGCUUUGGGGUUUCAAGCAGGCAGUAGAUGUGCUUUGAACCACAGGAGCCAACCCUGAAAUAAAAGAGUUUAUUUUUCACAUUCA